UUGAGUUAACGAAGUAAACAAAAGUAGUAGUAAAACUAGCUAACGUUAGCUCAUUAUGUUUGCUAACCAUGUUAGAAACUUUGAUACCGUGUUUCCUGCACUCAAACCAAACUAAAUUAACGUAACGUUAUUUCACGAAACUUAACUGGCAUCGCUGCAAUUAAGUUUGUGGUUAGCUAGUAACGGUAAUGCUGUCACAGGUUGCUAGGUUAGCUAAAGCUAAGUUUAAGCUAAGUUUUUUAGGUUAACAGACUCUAAUAUUGUCACGUCCAUCCAGAUGGAGGCUUCUUUGGGAUCUCUGCAGAAUCCUGACCUCAGCUCUGUCCUUUCAUCAUGUGAGCCAGAGCUCCAGGAGCUGAUGAGACAGAUUGACAUCAUGAUCAGUCAUCAGAAAAGGGAGUGGGAGGCUCAGAUUCAGGCUAUGGAGCUCAGGAUGAAGAGUGGGGAAGAGGAGCUGUUGGCCUCCAGGAAUCUCAUUGAACGGAGGGACCUGGAGGUCGGAUUGCUCUGCAAGCAGCUUGAAGAAGUCCAGUCUGGUCGACAAGAGUUAGUCACCAAGUACGAGCAGCAGCUGCAGAAAGUCCGGGAAGAGUUGGAUAAAUUAAAGAGGAGUUAUCACAAGCUUCAGCGCAAACACCUCAAAGAGACCAGUGGAGGAGCGAAUCCUAAAGAGGCAGACCGUUCAGAAGUGACACUAUUCAAUGAAAAGAUCAAGGAAUAUCACCAUCGGUCUGCAGAGUGGGAACAGCAGCGCAUCCACUACCAAAAACAACUGACAGCACUGGAGGUGCAAAACAAGAGCCUGACUGAUGAGCUCACACACAUGAAGGCUCAGUUGGCGUCAUGGCAGAAGGAGGGGGAGCACAGGGAAUGCUGUGCACAAGUGCAGCAUCUGCGUGCUCAGCUGGAGAAGGCUCAGGGCAGCAUGCACUCACAGGAGCUUGAACUGGAACGCCUCCGACCGCUUGAGAUGUGGUUGGGACAGUACCAGAGGGAGAAGCAGGUCCUCUCAGAGGAAAGAGAGGAGCUCCACGCCACACUGGACUCUCAGGAUACAUUUGUGCGAAGAGCCAGCCUCGAACGCCAGAGACUUCGUAAUGAAGCUGCCAGACUCAACCAGGCGCUGCAAGCUAAAGAUCAAGUCAUUCGCUCUCUGGAGGACUGUCUGGCAGCUCAGGGCUGUGCUGGUGUGGAAACUCUCAGACAAGAUUUGGAGAAAACUGCGACCAAGCUUCACUGCGCCCAAUCAUGUGAGGCUCAUCUCAAGGCUGAACUGGCUGAGAUGAGAAAGCUCAGAGAAGAGCUUCAAAGGGCCAAGCAGACCCACAGUGGUGAGGUGGAGGGAAUGAGGACGGAGGUGUCGAAGCUGACCGCUGAGCUGCACCAACGUGACGUCACCAUCGCCACACUGAAAGGCUCCUCAUCCAGCAUCAAGCAGCGACACCGUGGUGAUGUAGAGCGAGCAUAGCAGAAGGUGGCGGAGCUGAAAGUGACUCAGGCUCAGCUGGAGACUCUACAAACUGAGAACCAGCAUCUGAAGGCUCUGCUGCAGAGGCUGGAGUCUCAGUCACCAAAGGAGACCACCACCCGCUACGAAGGGCAGAUCCACAGCCUCUUCAAACAGCUGCACACCCUGUCCCAUUCCUCUGGAGAGCACCCCUGUAGCCAGGCCCAAGACAGCAGGCCUCACUCAGCAGCAUCCUCCUCCUCCUCCUCUAGUAGCACAAGACUCACCAGGAGAAACUCAGUGCCAAAGCUGAGUUCAAAUGACUCUCCUGCUGAGGGGCAAAGCUCCGGCUCUGAAGCCUCUCUGGCCUCGGCAUCUGCAGAAAGAAUCACACCCUCUUCCUCUCCUUCUCCAGUGGAGCCUCCAUCAGUGUCUCCCACAAACCGAACAGUCUCUCGUUUCCUAGAGGAAGAGAACUUUCGGAUGAAAGAGCUGCUCCAGAAACUGGACACUCACAUCCACGGUAUGAGCGAGAACAACGCCAAGACAGUUUCCAAGUACCAGCCAAGUGGCUCAGGGCCCGAGUCUGCCCAGGCUGCAGCACAGAAUGGUUAGUGAUGGAGUAAGGUCUAAUAAAUCAGGAAAUAUAAAAGUGCCUCGAACAGCAGUGCCGAAGACUACGUCCUGUACUGAAUUAAACUGCACGCGGUGGAGAAUUUAUGGGGUAUUUGCUGUGAGCCUCACUUGACUGAACUUUAGAGACAUGUAUUCUUAUUGUAACACAGUUUGCACAGUUCUUUCUCAGAGCUUUGAGCUCUCCCAAGUGUUCAUAAGAACUGUCAAACGGAGCGAUUGUAAUUCAGAAAUUCCAGUGAGCUCUCAGGCUGCUCAGAGCUGUGGCCUCACACAGCCUGGCCUGCUCCGUCCCCUCAGUGGAGGCCGUGUUGUAUGAGGUGACACAUAUGACACAGGAUUAGUCUUGUGCAGCUGAUUAGCUCAGAUUGUUGCCUACAAUUUUUUCCUCAUUCUGUUUAUCAUGUAUUUAUUUUAUCUGUGCGGCAGCAGAGGUUGAAACCGAGUGUUUCAGCUUUUCUGUGUUUUCAUUGAAGCUUAUCUUAAAGAACGAGUGCCAACAAAGGCUGACUGAUUAAACGCUUUGCAUGACAUCACAAGACCUGCAUUCAAACGCACCGCAAAGAUGACAGCUGACAAGCAUCGUGUGCACAAUCUGUGCCUCCAGUAGUCUGUGUUUGCAAUCUGAAAGACAAACAAACUAGAAUACCAUUUCACGACACGAUGAAUCUGUUGAAAAGGUCUCAUUAUAUACUGGAAACAGGAAAGGAUAACAUGUCUGACCAAAAGUAAUCUCUAUAAACAGAUUUAUGCACCAGUGACAUUUGAAUGGCAAUUACACAGUGCCUGCGGAGAGGUGGAACACAGUUUCUGAAAUGCAGUCGUCUGGCGAUGAUUCAGCUUUAUGUUAGCUUUUUAUUAGCUUUUAUCUGCAUUUAUACGCAGAUAUCUUUUUAUGGAGAUAAGUCAAAACAACUGGCGCACAGAAGAGGACGUCUUGGCCCAGGAAUCAACUGGCCACACCAAAUCUCCUGAUAUAUUUGCCCUUGCCCCCAGAGGCUCUGUUGAUGUCAGAUGAUGGCCAGUGGGUUCUGAGAUUGGCCUUGUUAGCUUUAGGGCUGACAGUUGAUUUCAUCAGGAAUUAAACUGACAGCUCAUUAAUCGUUGGGUCUCUAAAAAAUAUCAGAAAACAUUUAAAAAUGUCUGCUACAGUUUUAAAGAGCCCAAAGUGACAUAUGUAGAUGUCUUUUUUGGCUGAUCAGUCGUCUAAAACCCAAAGCAGAUCAGUACACUUUAAUUUCACACAAGCAAAAGUUUAAAAUCUUUACAGCUGAGAAGCUGGAACUCUUAAUUUCAGCAUGUUUGCUUCUAAAGACCAUCCAAAUAGUUUGAUUUCCUGAUGCUGGGCUAAUCAAAUAAUCGUUACAGCUGUGGUCAGCUUGUAAUCUUGUGGAAAAGGACCAAAAAGUAGAGACGCUGAAAGAGAAGAAAACUGCACUUAAUGUGUGAAUUUCGUUUCAGAGACUGACUCUAUCAGCAAUUCAGUGUCAAGGAUAUAACACCAAAACUAGAGGAUGUGAUGGUCAGCAACAGAAACUCAACAACAGCUCAACUGUGCUUGGCGCGUGAAGCUCUAACAUGUUGACAGCUCGUAAUGUCUUUAAAUUUUCAUUAGUUUUGCCAAAUUGUUUUAGGAAGUUGUUGCAAUAUCUGAAAUAGUUUAACUGUAGAGAAGCCAGAUGUUUGGGCCCUUUAACCCAAGACACAUUAUAUAAUGCUGCAUUCCAUUCAAGCUUAGACGACAUCUGACCUCCGUGUGUUUCCUGCCGGGAAUAUGUCUGAUUGCCUGAACAUUGAUAAUUUCUAUUUAAAGGCCCAGAUGCACGAAAUUGACUUCAGAGAACUAGUGGCAACGAAGGCUGACUGUUGCGUCACCUAAUGUCACCUGGGUCUCGUCCAAAUGUUGCACUUAAACACAGUGCAAAGACGACAGCCAACGGCCAACCAGCAUGUACGUUCUGAGCCUGUGAGAGGAAAUAUCUCUCAAUACCAGCAGGCAACGGUGGUCUGUGUUUGUCAUUUAAAAAGGGAAGCCGGAAGACCAACAGGACGAACUAAAGACGCUGAUGUAACACACUGGUUUCCAUCUCGCUCCCUCUUGACUGUUUGCUUUCCUCACUUUUGUUUAGCUUCUCAUGCACUGAGCUGAGCUGCCAGUCAGAGUCAUUUCAUUCACCGCCACGGAUUCAGCAUGCUCAGCUGACUCAAAAGCCAUCGAUAAGGUGUGGCUAGUGCCAACGGUGCACAAGACACCACAAAAACAAGGCAGCAGACGCUCACUGAAGGCCCAGCAUUGACCGACAGCCAACGUUUGGCUUGGUGUGUCAGGGCCUUGAACUGAUAUUAACAUUUUGUGAGUAGGACGUGUUGUCGCAGGCAGUAUAGGUUUUAUUAUCAGACCUUGGAGGAAACUGCUUCUAAUUCAUUUAAAUUGGCCUUAAAUUGUUGACCAUUCAUAGCAUUUUCUGUCAUAUUCGUGUGAUCUCACAUAACAGACUUUCUGUCGCUGAAUUCCACCUGGAUUACUCGUUGGAACUCUGAUAUUAAGAGGAGUCGCUUUGCACUUCUCCUCAUACCUCGCUGCGUGUCCCAAUUUCUCAAGUUGCCUGGAAUGCAGCGUUAUUACUUUGCAUUUACAUCCAGAGAAAAGAAUGUUGCUGCGAGCCAAAGGAGUGUCCGUCCUCCCCGCACGUCUGUCAUAACUGGGAAAAUACCACAUAUGUACAUGUCUGUCCAAGACUUCCCAGACAGUAGGGAGGGAGAGGAGGCAGCUUAUACUGUCGCUCUCCUCAUUUUCCCCAGUUGCUGGUGCCGAACCCCCCAGCACCAGCACCAGCACCAGCACCAGCACCCACCCUGCAGAGGCCCACUGGCUAGUCAAGUGCAGGAAUGUGAGCACCAUGCCAAUGCUGUCAUGAACCUUCCCCUGCAGCCUGCUUUGUCCUCAUCAUUAGAAAGCUGAUGGAAUGUUAAUAUCAACCAUGUGGGGCGCUCAACCUCACAAACACUGAAAGGCCGGGGGGGGAUAGUUAUAUUUUACUGCUGCUCUAAUGAAGAACACACCGAUUGAAUGGAAAUAAAGUGAAAAAAUGUGAAGAAA